AGAUGAUGCUGUUACUAAAUGUGCUAAAUGUAUGUUUUGGGAAGAAACUUACAAGAAGAGCAGAUAUUUCAGCUAAGGGUUGGAGGUAGCAGAGGAGAGCUGCGUAACCUGGGGCUGCAACUCUGUAGGAAACACGGACAGCCCGAGAUAAGCAAGUUCUACAAGUUCUAUGUCUCUCAUCUGCAGACAGUUAUUCCAGGUUUUUAUUUUAGUUCCCCAGCAGCAGAAACAAACCUUUCUGGAUUCCCCAUGUUAGAAGCAGGAUAUACUGUAUAGGUGUCACACUUGUCUGGCCCAUGUAUAGUGGAAACGGCAGGUUGGAAAAGAAGGCUGAGGGUUUUAACAGCAAAUUUAACAGCAAUGCAACGAAGACUCAUUUCAGCAAUAUUAUUUUUGUUCCAUGGUAGGGUACUAAGCGCACUUUUCACUGUAGAGGCUGCCAGAUCCCACUACACUGCAGAAUAUGGUGGUAAAGUGAACAUGGAGUGUCAUUUCCAGGUGGGGCAAAAUACGAAUGUAGAUGAUGUGGAAGUCUAUUGGGAAUACAUUGCAGCUGAUGGCAGAAGAAAAGAAGUCAUUAAGUUAAUUAAAGGGACAGAAAACCUUUCAGCCCAGCAUGAAGACUACAGAGGGCGUGUUCGCAUUAUAAAGGAAGAACUGUAUAAGGGACAUGCAGUCCUGCAGAUUAGCAAUGUAAUGCUGACUGACUCAGGACGCUAUAUUUGUAUUAUAUCAGCAAAAGGAUCUGACUACAAAUCUAUGGGUCUGACUGUGCAAGCUCAUUACAGAGAAAUAAAUACCCGUGUCACAGACAUUAUGGCAUCCCCGGCAAAGAUGGUGAAACAGAUUGAAUGUCAGUCUAUAGGGUACCCAGAAGCUGAGGUGACCUGGUUUCAUGCAGAAAAGAACCUGAGUUCAUUAGUCAAUACCAGCUACAUAGUGACUGCCGCUAAACUCUUCAAUGUCACCAGUGUCGUUAGAGUCUCCUCUUUUACUAAUAACACAUUCACCUGCAUGUUCUGGAAUGGAGCCUUUCAAGAAGCAACAGUUCUGACUUUCACCAUACCAGAUUCAGAUGAAAGUCACAACACCAAUAAAAGGAGUUGCCAGAUGUCUGUCACUGCUGUUGCUGUUGUUGCUGCACUCUGCAUAUUUAUUUGUGUUUAUAUAAAGCAAUGUGGUAAGUUAAUAUCAUGAUAACGAUAACUUAUUUGAACCUUGAUAUUUGGAGUUAACCGGAUCAGUUACUUCAUGCUAAGUUAUAACCAUUGAAGAGUGUAUGUUUUAAAGUACUUUGGUGGGUUUUUGUGUGCAUCAAAACUGUGGCCUUAAAGGGCAUUGAAAAGUUAAUUCACUAGGUGAUGUCAAUAUGUUAGAUACCCAUAGUGUAUGUAAAUUGUAUAUCAACUGGGGGGAUAUCCUGGGUGUAUGGGAGAGCCAGUUGCUUAAAGACUUUCCCUCACAAAUACGCUGCAGUGAUCAUUUUAUGUAAAAAUGCCUGUAAUGUAUACACUAUACAGCUGUACCUCCCUGUGCCUUACAAAAGUGUAGGGCUUUCUUAAACUAAUUGAUGAAUACACAAAGCUAAGCUGUAUUGUGGAAUAAUGGAUACUAAAAUGGUGUUGCUGAACUACAAUUAUUAAUAACUCAAGUGAUACAGCGUGAGUGGGCGGUAAAUGCUGAGAACUGUGAAUGUCUUGAUGUUAUUGAGAUCCGUGAACAGCAAAAAGGUGUUGCUUAACUUUAAUCAUUGGUGCCACAAACAAUGCAUGUAAGGGCAUUAACCUCUUAGAUAAAGCUAGCUUGUGUUUGAUUUUAAUCAUUUAGAUUGCUUAGAUUUGUGAAUUGUAAAAAGAUUUUGUUAAGAAUUUGAUAUACUGUAUGUGCAUUUUUGGGGAGAUGUUAUUGGUGAAUAAUAAAAUAUGUUUUAUCAUAAAUUGAAUGUGAACAGCGGUUACAAUGUCUAAGGGCAGCUAAUACUAAUUUACGAGUACAAGCAUCGGGUGCUGAGUGAGAGGCCUCUUGUUUGGUUGCUCUUUAAAACUUAAAUCCGUUUGUUUGCUAUGUAUAAAAUAUGGCAUGAAGUUUAGAUCAAGUCACUGAAAUAGAGACGUGCAGAAAUGAUUAUGUAAUAUAAAGGAGAUAGAUGUAAUAAGCCAACAUGACAACAAGUAGAUAUGAAGCACAAACACAACUAAAAUACAGAUAAAACUGCCUACCCAAAAAACUAAUGAUUCCCAGCCUUAAAUGCAAAUUUAACGUGUGUUGUUUGUUUUACUCAUACUAUACAUCCUUUCUAAGUAUUGUCAGAUACCAUGAAUACAUGAUAUUCUCUAAGUAUAUUCCAUGUUUCUUUUUUUCUUAUAUGAGAAAUUACCGCCUUCUUAUAUAAGAAAUCCAAAAAGCAUUAAAAAAAAAAAAAAAAAGUCAGGGGGAAAAGCUUAAUUUUCCUUAAUUAUAAAUGUUUAGUCUGGUAUAGAAGGAGAAGAUAAUUUAAAUAUUGAAAGCGCAGGUACAAGCAACAAAAUGAAUAAAGGGAAUGGAUUAGUGCUAAGUAAAGACUGCCAAAAAUGAAAUCCUUAUUGAAAUUCGCAAUUUAAAUUUUAACUAUACAAUAUAAUCACUUCAGCUAAGCAUUUCACACUCCUGCCAUUUGGAAAAAGGUACUGAAGCAUUAGGGCCCUCACUACCAGACUGUGUAACAGUUUCUUCCCCAAAGCCAUAAGGCUCCUGAAUACUCAGGGACCGGACAGAUCUCUCUAACACACACAU